UAUGAACCACCUUAAAGCUCUCCAAAGCAACCAAUAUGGAAAAUCUUCCUCAUUUGCUCAACAGAAACCCCAAGCGAAGAAGAAGCUCCAGACACUCCAGUGGAUACCUCGGAGUUCGCCGGAGGCCAUGGGGCCGUUACGCCGCCGAGAUAAGAAAUCCAUACACAAAGGAGAGGCAUUGGCUUGGCACCUUUGACCCUUCUGAGGAAGCUGCAUUGGCUUAUGAUCUCUCUUCCAUCUCCUUCAGUGGCAUUGAAAGAGCUCGGACUAAUUUUCAUUACCCAUUUUCAGCUUUUCCCUCUCCUCCACCACCACCGCCGCCACCGCCGCCAAGUCCAGAUAUAGAAGAAAGUGAUGAGUCACUUUUUAUUGCCUCCAUUUUACAAAGUUUUAGCCAACCUAGCAACUUCUCCUUUUCUCCUUGAGUUCUCUUUUCUUUUUUUUUCUUUUUUUUUUGAUAACUCAAGCUGUCCGGGCCAGCUUGCGUGCACCUCGACUAAUCCUUAGGGGACCAAUUCCACCAUCCACUAGCGGGAGGGCCAUUUAAAGUCAGAGUAGAGCUUCGUAUGGACUGGCCCAACACAAAAGUUGAUGGCGCCUAAGAAGUAUUGAACCUGAGACCUAGAGAGAAGCAAACUCCUAAGUCCUAAGCCUCCACCACUCCUUGAGUUCUCUCUACUACAAGGUUUUUGUUUUGCAUGUGACAAAAAUGCUUGCUUCUUUUGCUUUACAUCUAAUUUUUUUUUGAUGAUUUGAUAAAUUGAAAAGAUGGGUUGAAUUUGAUA